AUGACAUCUCUUCCUUCAACUUACAAAGCUCUACGCUUCAGUACCCUUGCAGGCCCUCUUACCAUUGAGGAUCAGGAUGUCUCAUCACUCCAAACUCCGAAAACUCUCCUGAUAAAAGUCCAUUUCGCGUCUAUAAAUCCUGUUGAUACACAAUUAUGGCGUGCAGGAAUAGUAUCCGUAGUCUCUGGCUCGAAAGGCAUGGGGCGUGAUUUCUCCGGUACCAUUGUAGCCAUUGGAGAUCAGGUGAAAGGAAAUUGGUCUAUUGGAGAUGAAGUCUUUGGGUUGUUAUUUCAAGUUUUCGGCCAAGGAACUUUCAGUCAAUACAUUGCUGUUAAUCCAGCUUCAGACCCAGUGGUCAAAAAACCUAAUUGUCUAUCUCAUGAAGCCGGUGCAUCGAUUCCUCUCGUUGCAUUAACCAUGUUUGCGGCUUUGGAUUGGCUUCCCGCAGUUAGAAGUGAUUCACAGAGAAAAGUGAUCGUACGAGGAGCAUCAGGAGGGUGUGGUUCAUGGGCUGUUCAAUUGGCCAAAACCCUCUACGAUUGUCACGUCACAGCUAUCUGCUCCUCUAAGAAUAUUGAGUAUGUCAAAAGUCUAGGGGCAGAUGAAAUAAUAGAUUACACCUCCGACCCAGUUCUCCAAACAUUAAUCAACAGCAAGAAUACUUCAACAGAAUACGAUCUACUAAUAGAUUGCGUGGGAGGACCAGACCUCAUACCUUCCUACAAAACUCUCCUCCACCCCCACGGUGCCUACACAACCAUCGUCGGUGACAAAACCGACGUGAAAGGUCUCGGCGGACCCGUGACAUUCUUCAAAAAUCCCAUACAAAUCUGGCGUUACAUAUCGGGCUUCAUAUGGGGUCCUCGCUAUGCCGUGAUAUCUCUUCAUACCAAAUCCGAGUAUCUGGAAAAGAUAGUUGGAUUGGCUGAGAGAGGAGAGGUGAAGAUUGAGAUCCAGGAGGUGAUUAAGGAUGCGUUGAAUGAGGAGACGGAGGGAUGGAAGAGAGCUAUUGAGAUUAUUGAGAGUGCAAGGGUCAGAGGAAAGGUUGUUCUGGAGAUCUUGUGA